UCAAAACAAGGAUGUUGCCGCUGUUGGUGCUGCUGCUGUUGCUGCUGUUGCUGCUUGGCUAACAAAAACAUAUGUCCUCCACUCUGAACUUCUUUGAGCUACACCGUUUCAUUUGUUGCUAUCAGGGCUGAUGAGAGCCACUCGUCCUUCUGGGUCUGCUGCAGCUGCUGUGUGAGAGACACAGUCGAGCCGCGAAGGCAUGUCUUUGUCCUGUUGGUGGCGCUUUGUUAACCAGCGACCAGAGUCCAGUGAAUUUUAAACGUUCAUGCUUGUGUAAUGGUUAUAUCAACAUGAUAUCCAUAUGGAUGUCAGUGAUUGUCAUGCUGGUGGCAUUUGUGAAUGGAGCGAGGAAUGAGGAUGUCAUACAACCAUGUGCGAACAUCCGGACGUCCAGCUCAGUGGUGCCUUUGGGGUCACCUGUCACAGCUACCUGUGUCAUCAGAGAAGACUGCCUUCCCGUCAUUGGACAAGCUGUUCAUAUAGAGUGGCGCCUUGACGAUCGCUUUAUUCCCAGCAGCCCUGUGGCCAACGAGAGCGGCGGGAUUUCUGAGGUUGUUAUACCAAGCUUCAAUCACACCAGGGCGUUCCUCACCUGCUGUUUACAGGCCUCUCCCGUUCAAGUAGCAGGAGGAGUGGAGAUCAGAGCUGGAUAUCCACCAGAAUCACCACAAAACCUCAGCUGUCAGACAAACCUCACUACCUCUAACACCCUGACCUGUAGCUGGGACGCUGGGCAGCUGGAGACGCACCUCCUCACACAGUACACCCUCCACACCAAGAUAUGGGAUUCAAACAGGAACUAUACUUACAAGCUACCAACAGGAGUCCACCAUUAUACUAUCCCUCGUUCUGAUUUUGUCCUGUUCUCUGAAAUGGAAAUAUAUGUGGAGGCGGUGAAUGAACUUGGAGAGGCAGCUUCAGUACCCAUCAUUUUGGAACCCGUCAGUGCAACCAAGUUUGACCCACCAAAGAUUUUAAAGGUUGAAGCUGUGCCCAAAAGGUACGGCUGCCUAAAGCUGAGCUGGAGCUUAUCGCAGCACCAGGCCUGGAUACGUAACUUCCGCCUGAACCUGGAGGUCCAAUUUAAGACUGCUGACAGUAGUCAAUGGAGUGAGCAACCAAUCCUGGUGAGCCGGAUUAAACCAACCAGACCUGUGGACCAGUGUCGCCUGCUCCAUGGGACUCAGUAUUUUGCCCAGAUUAGAGUCAGAUACCAGCAGAGUCCCUGGAGUGAAUGGAGCAGCAGCCAGUCUGGAGUCACCUUGGAGAGUGCUCCCACUGGACGCCUAGACUCGUGGGUGAAACUAUCGGGGGAUCACAUGCACAAACAAAUCAACAUACACUUGUUUUGGAAGCCAUCAAAACAAUUCCGCCCCAACAGCCGAAAUGUGUCAUACAUCGUCUCAGUGCAAAAACUGCCAGGUGUAAAGGGAAAGGUGUGCUCUUCAAUGGGGAAUUACUGUACUUUCCAACUUCCCAGGAAAGCAAAGAAAGUGUAUCUGAGUGCUGUAAAUACAGCAGGGAAAUCCUCCCCCAAUGAAGUUCGGAUUUACCAACCCAAAGCUCUUAAGGUGAUAUCAGACAUCACAGCUACUCCUCGCGAUGACCGAGCUCUUCUGGUCCAGUGGAACAGUGUGGAUACAUCAAGCAUCAUUGGUUAUGUGGUUGAAUGGAGACCUUUGUUAAAAACAGACCUCUCCCUCACCCGGUUCGAAUUUGCAAACAGAAACGAAUCCAGCAUCAUUAUAACAGGAGGCUUUGAGCCCUACAAGCCCUAUGGAAUCUCUGUGUAUCCCAGGUUUAAGGAUGGGAUAGGCCUUCCUCAGACUGUUAAUGCCUACUCAAGACAAAAGGCUCCAUCCGUGGUUCCGAAAAUACGGAUUAAAAAGACUUGGAAGUCACAUAUUGAGCUUACCUGGGAUGAAAUACCAUUAGACCAAAGAAAUGGAAUUAUCCAGGGCUACAAAGUCUUCUACUGGGACGAGAAGGGUCCCAUUAAUGUUGUGAGUGCUCACCCAAAAGAGAGAAGGGUGGUCCUGAAAGACCUCAAGACUGUGUCUCUGUACGAAGCUUUCAUGAUGGUCAGCACGUUCGGUGGGAGCAUCAAUGGGUCAACAAUUCAUUUCGAAAUGGAGCCAUUUGAUGCCGUUACUAUUGUGAUGAUUGUAAUCGCGUCUGGUGUUGGAAUGUCAUUGUUGGUCAUUUUCAUAGUCAUGACUUGUUUCUCCAACCACAAGAGGCUGAAGGGUCGCUUUUGGCCAGAUGUUCCUGAUCCAGCUAACAGCAGCAUCAAGAGAUGGACAUCAGAGUCAACACAGGAUACACAACCUUCCUGGGACAAUGACGAGCCCAAUCCAAUAUACCUGUCCCACCUCAGCUUCCUUGACUUCCCAAUGAAACUAAGCAAACACGAGGAUGAUCUUUGGUUAAACAGUGCAGAGGACACCAGUGACCUGGGAGAGUCCAUUUGUGGUUCACCGUUCAUCCCUGGAUACUCUGGUUCAAACAGCUACUCUGUUCCUUAUGCCACUGUGAUCUUCUCCAGUCCAUGCAGAAGCCCUCCACCCAAAGAGCCUCAUGUCUACCUCCGCUCUGAGUCCACACAGCCGCUCCUGGAGGCUCAAGAAUCCUUCAGUCCAAAGUGCUACCAUAAUAUGGCAACUGAUGGGAUGCCGAGGGAGCAGUGUUUUUUUGGACCGUGCGAUGACUGUAUAGCAGAAGAAGGGGCAGACCCAGUCGUUCUUUGGGAUGAUUUCCCUUUUUUACGAGCAUUAGCCUUGAAUGAUACUCAGAAUGACUAAAAGUUCUUCCCUGAUUAUAAGAAUAGCUGCUUUGCAAGAUUUUCAUGUAGAUCUGAGUUUGUGAUAAGUUGAUCCAGUGUAGCACACAGCUGUAAAUACAUACUAGGUAUGCUAGGUUUGAUGCUAAAAAUCAUGUUGAUAUUUAAUGAUUAUGAUGUCCAUGUUUUAUCUGUACCAAACUUUGUAUAAAUGAUAUUGUUGUGUGUUAUAAACUCAUCAAGCACUUAAUAAGAAACAGCUGUGCUACUGCUUAUUCAUUCAGCAGUGCAGUGCAUAAAAUCAUCAUCUUCAGUUAGCAUUCACAUCACACAUCAGAAUGUGGAAACAAAAUCUUUGUGACUUUGACCAUAGGAUGCUUGUUGUUGUGCCAGACAGGCUGGACAGAAUGGUGUGAAAAACACCAGUGAGUGGCAGUUGUGAAGACAGAAACACCUUGUUCAUGAGAGAAGUCAGAGGAGAAUGUCCAGACUGGCUGGAGCUGACAGAAAGGCUACGGUAACUCAGAUAAUCACUCUUUACAGUUGUGGUGGACAGAAAAAGUAUUUCAGAAUGCACAACACGUUGAACCUUGAGUCCAAAUGGGCUACAACAGAAGACCAUGUCAGGUUUCACUCCUGUCCGCCAAGAACAGAAAUCUGAGGCCGCAGUGGGAACAGACUCAUCGAAAAUGGACGGCCGAAGACUGAAAAAACGUGGCCUGGUCUGAUGAAUCUCAAUUUCUGCUGAGGCAGCAGAUGGUAGGGUCAGAAUUUGAUGUCAACAGCAUAAAUCCAUGGACCCAACCUGCCUUGUGUCACUAUGAGGAGGCUGGUAUGAGGAAUGUUCUCUUAAGAAACAUAAUACCAAUCAAUCAUCGUUUGAAUGCCACAGCGUAUCUGAGUAUUGUUUCUGACCAUGUCGUCUCAAACUGGUUUGAAGAACAUGACAAUGAGUUCAGUGAACUUAAAUGGCCUCAGCAGUCACCAUAUCUGAAUCCAAUUGAAGACUUUUUAGAUGUGGUAGAAUGGCAGAUUGGCAGCAUAAAUGGGCAGAAAUUGUGGGAUGAAAUCAUGUCAACAUGGACAGGAUCUCAAAGUAAUGCUUCCAACAUCUUGUGGAAUCCACAAAAGUACUUUUAUGCUAGAAAGACAUGGUCUAAACAGUUUCUUUGAAUAAAAAAUAUUAAAUCCUA